CGCACAUAGGACUUUCAUUGAUCCUCGUUGUUCCUUUCUCGGUUCUCACUCUCGUCCCACAGCAGGGCGAUGAGGCUGACUGGAAACCGUCUCCUCAGCUGAUGAUAGAAGCUACUGAAAUCUCUCCCGUCAUCGACUGCUUACAGUCAGAGACCUAACAUGAAUUUGGCAUUUCUUGCUCUAACAGUCGCGAUUAGCGGCUGCUGUUAUUCCAGCAGCGUGCCUUCAUUCAUCCUGCCGUUCACCGACUGCGUCCAGAGCCGUGGGAAAGACGGUUUUUACCGGGGAGCGAUAGACGUCACCGAGUCCGGCGCCCGGUGCAUGAACUGGACCGAGGUGGCCGGCUUCAAGGAGCGCUACCCGGGCAAAGGAAUAGGAGAGCACAACCACUGUCGCAACCCGGACGGCAGGAUCCGACCCUGGUGCUUUUUCAAGAACCACAGAGGCAGAGUGGACUGGGGGUACUGCGACUGUAAACAAGGCUCUGUGCGUCUGCAAGGAGGUCGCUCCAAGCUAGAUGGCAGGGUGGAAGUCUAUCUGGGAGGAGUGUGGGGGUCUGUCUGUGGCGAUGACUGGGGGGACGAAGACGCUGCAGUGGUUUGCAGACAGCUGGGCAAAGGGACCUCAGGUCGUGCACGUGCAGUUUCCCUGUUUCGUCCAGGCAUGGCCAAACUCCAUUGGAGGGCGGUCCAUUGCCAGGGAGAAGAGCCAGACCUCCUCCAGUGUCCCAAGGCUACCUGGAAUGGAGGGGAGUGCUCUCUAGUUGCAGCCGUUACCUGCACCCAACAGCAAGUGGUGUCGCUCCCUAUACGGCUGGUGGGAGGUCAGUCAGGGUCGGAGGGCACAGUUGAGGUCUUCCAUGCAGGGCAGUGGGGUUCCAUAUGUGACGACCAAUGGGAUGACAGUGACGCAGAGGUGGUUUGUCGACAGCUGGGACUGAGCGGUGUAGCAAAGGCAUGGGGCCAGGCAUAUUUUGGCAAGGGUUCGGGCCGCGUGUGGCUGGAUGAGGUGCGUUGCACAGGCAAUGAGCUCACGCUGGAGCAGUGUCCAAAAAGUGCAUGGGGGGAACACAACUGUCUGCACACUGAGGAUGCAGGAGUAUCCUGCAACCCUCUUAUAGACGGUGCUGUUAGGUUGGUAGGGGGUAUUGGGAGCCACGAGGGACGUUUAGAAGUCUUCUACCGUGGUCAGUGGGGGACAGUGUGUGAUGACGGCUGGACAGACUCUAACACACAAGUAGUGUGUCAACAGCUUGGUUACAGGUUAGGCGAGACUCUGCUCUCUGAAGGGCUCGACAUCACCCCAGUCCCACGCUUUGGGGUGGGGUCAGGUCCCAUUCUUUUGGAUGAUGUGAGCUGCACAGGGAAAGAGCCUAGCCUAUUGCUGUGCAACAGGAGGGAGUGGCUCAGUCAUGACUGCACACACCAUGAAGAUGUUAAUAUCGCAUGCAGCCCUGAGCGCAAUGGAGAGAAUCUUCCAACUAGUCUGCCAGUAAGGCUUGUGGGAGGAGAGAGCCCAAGGGAAGGCCGGGUGGAGCUGUAUCUGUCAGGUCUGUGGGGGACAGUGUGCGAUGAUGGGUGGACUGACCGUGAUGCAGAAGUGGUGUGUCGACAGCUGGGAUACAGUGGCUCGGCGAAGGCCCGUGUGAUGGCGUACUUCGGGGAAGGGACAGGACCCAUCCAUGUGGACAACGUGAAGUGCAGCGGCGAGGAGCGUUCGUUAGCUGACUGCAUCAAACAGGCGCCCGGCACACAUAACUGUCGCCACAGUGAGGAUGCUGGGGUCAUCUGUGACUAUGGUGACUCACAGCCCAGCUACAAAGAGGUCAAAGAUCCUGUCAACUCAAUUUGCGGUCUGCGGCUCAUACACACUCGCCAGCGCCGGAUCAUAGGAGGAGAAAACUCUCUGAGAGGUGGAUGGCCAUGGCAGGCCGCGAUUCGUUUGCGAGGCUCUCGAGGAGAUGGGAGAUUGGUGUGUGGAGCGACUCUCAUUGACUCCUGCUGGGUCCUUACCUCGGCACACUGCUUCAAGAGGUAUGGAAACAGCACCAAGCAGUAUAAAGUCAGAGUGGGUGACUACCACUCCCUAGUCCCUGAGGAAUACGAAGAGGAGUAUGGCGUUGAUCAAAUUGUCCUCCAUCCAAGCUACCACUCUCAUAGCAACGACUACGACCUGGCCCUGGUUCGUCUGUCACCGGGGGCAGUGGGCCAGGUGCCGGGAGAGUGUGUGUCAUUCAGCCGUCAUGUCCUUCCCGCCUGUCUGCCCGUGAGGAAAGAGAGAGUGCUCAAACAAGCCAGCAACUGUCACAUUACCGGCUGGGGUGACACAGGUCGCUCAUACUCCAAGACCCUUCAGCAGGCCCCCCUCUCCCUGCUGCCCCGCCGCCACUGCCAGCAGCAUUUCCACGGCGCCUUCACGAGCCGCAUGCUCUGCGCCGGCAGCAUCCAGUCGGACAGGCGUGUGGACAGUUGCCGUGGUGACAGUGGAGGUCCGCUGGUGUGCGAGCGUCCGGGAGGGGGUUGGGUGGUUUAUGGGGUCACGUCCUGGGGUCAUGCCUGCAGGACACAACAGUCGCCUGGUGUCUACACCAAAGUCUCUGCCUUCAGCUCCUGGAUACGCAAAGUCAUCGGACAUGAUGAGAAAAAAAGGUGAAAGGAGAACAUCAAACUGAAACAGCUGACCUCUCGAUCAGAAUGAAUGACUCUCGAGACUCACUCGAUUGGUCAGGUGACAGCUGAUACGACAUUAUCAGUCAUGAAUAAUUGAUGUCAUGAUGUUAUGGCCUGAUUAUCCAGUGAUGUAAGUUAUAACUUGACUUUCAAAUGGAGAGGAAAAGAAGGCAACGCUGGGCUUUUUUUAUUUUGGAGAGAGGAGGGCAUAUAUUUUCUCUCAUCUAAGUCAUUAGCACUUAUUUUAAUGAUUUAAUAUUCUCAUGAGCUGCAAGAUUUUGGAUGGUAUUAAAUCUCAACUCAAGAAUAUGCCGUAACUUAAAUAUCUUUUUGUUAUUACUUGCGACAUUGCAUACCACACUAUAAUGCUUUGUUCUGUUUUCUUCCCCCAUGUUUUCUUUUCUUGCUUUUGUUACAAAGUUUUAUUGUAAUUUAUGAUAUAAAUUAUGUGAGUAUAAAUGUCGAUAAGGGACCAUGUACACACAAUAUACAAGCAUGCCCUCAUGCAUACACAGUAAGUUAUGGCAUGGCAUGAAUUUGCAGACUUGCACGAAGAACUCUCAUUAGGUACUUAAAGCAUGAUAUUCAGUGCUUUUGCGUUUAGCACACCAGUCAUAUUGGCCAUAUUUGCCAAAGUGAAUUACGUCUUUAAACCUCACUUCCAUCUUGAUAUGUAAAGUUUCUCCAUUGUGCUCUUUGUUUUUCCUUUGUGUAAAAAGCAGAUUUCAGGUCUUAGUAAUGACUCGGGCAUUUAUCAUUUGUAUCCAAUCAGUAUUUGUCCUUGUCUCAGUGCUGCUUAAUGUUUGCAGAGAAAGGAACAGACUAAAGUGUUUCUGAGUCAAAUCACAAAACAGUGUUUCUAAGCGUUGAUGUGUUAUAUUGACAAUUUCGUGUUCUUUUAUCCUGGUGGGAUAGUUGAGUGUCGUCAUGGUUUUGAUGACACUGAGGGAAGACAAUCUGGUACACUUGAAAAACAAAAACAGACACUACACUGCCUUCUCGUUUUGGGUGUUUACUGACUGUGUGUUAUGUUUUAAUGUACUGUAACAUUUCUUCAUAAACUAAGGUUUUGUAAAAAAAAAAAAAAAGAAAAGUCUGAGUGUAUUGUGUUUAAUCAGAAACUUUAAAUACUUGAGUGACAGUGACCAUAAUCUGUUUAGGUCUGAGUGGUUGUGACAACGUUUUCUGUCAUUCCCACGAAGCCUGAAAGUUGAACAUCAGUUGGAACAACAGAGUUCUUUCAGGGUUUUUUUUUUUUUCUGACCGCAAACUGUCAAAGUGAGCACCACCAUGUCAGACAAUGUGUAUGCACACACACCCACACACAGUGUCGCUGGUAUGUCACACAGUGUCUACAGGAAUGGCACCCAUUUUCUGACUUGUCCUCAUUUACAAGUUAAACACGUGUUGAGUUAACGUGCAUUAUUCAAGGACUGGGACCAACUGUUCCAGUGAGAAGCUGCAUGGAUUCUUGGCAACACAAAUAAAAAUAUGUCCAGAACUUGG